AUGGGCCCAGAAUUGGGCCUAGGUGGUCAGCCCGACCCUCCUGGUGACCUUUCAGAGGCGACACCUAGCUCAUCUAUGACAUUGGUAGGAAACAGUGCUAGUGAACUGAACGAUCUUAUCAAGUUGUAUUUCAGGACAGUUCAUCACUUCGGAUACCUAUCAUUCGUCCACGAGGCGGAUUAUUGGGAGUUGAAGGAUAGAAAUUGUGCGCCGGAGGAUCUGAGCUUGUUGAUGGCUGCUCAUGCGGUCCGAUUUGGCGGGCGAAGUAAAGAUCCUUUGCAGCUGGAACUGGCAGAUAGGACGGUGAUGGAUGUGGGAGAGCGGUUGAUACCGAAGGUUCUAGACGAAUUUGGGGCGGUCGAGUUGAUGGAGGUCGUUCUGUGCCAGACAUACGACUUUCUCAACGGACGUUAUCAAAGGGGUAUGGUCAUGGCCGGAAUGGCAGUGAGGAUGAUGACGUUCCUACGUCUACACGAGCUCGAUGAAUGGCCUCGACAGACACCCAAGCCGUUGCUCAGCAAAGAGAGCCUGAGAAGGCUGGCGUGGUCCGUCUGGUACGUGGAUGCUACUUUGGACGGCGGAGUAUUUGGACCUUCCAACAUACAUGAAGACGCUUUCACUAUCCAGCUUCCAUGCGACGAUCGGCCCUUUCUCCUUCAUAGACAGGUGGUAACCGAACAAUUGGUGCCUCGACCUCAGUCUACUAUACUCCCUGGUAAUUUGCCUCAAAUGGAACCAGUAGAUCUUGCUGGUCACCUGAUCAGAGCUAUGGCUGCUAGGCAACAUCUCGCACAAGCCUAUUCGCGGAUUCGACGGCGACUACUAACCCAUGGAUCCGUCAUCGAGAUGAGUCGAGAAGCCCAAUACAAGGCAAACCGACUGCUUGAUUCUCUGACGCCUGACCUUGGGUAUUCUCGGGCUUUGUAUCACAUCUACCAUGACAGACGACCAGCCUUGGUGUCAUUGCACGUAGUGCGCAACAAUUGCAUACGGCACAUCUCCCUUCUCCGAUUGAUGGUUGCUCAGCUCACUUUGGACCCAGAUACGGAUCAAGACAAGGAGCGUCAGAAGUUGAUAUCAAACGCGAUCAAGCUAAGUCAGAUCUUGGGUGACGCGAUCGACCACGACGUAUCUCUCGAUCCUCAGAUAGCCAUGCAUGCCUACAACGCCAUCGAAAUAUUCCUCUUCCAGCCCCUUCGUUUACCCAUCGAGUCGAUAGACCCUCAAGUAUUAUCGAGGGAAAGGAUGGUUGCGGCCAUAAAGCCCCUGUUGCACGUGAUGAGAGAAGCCUCCACAGUCUGUCCUCUGGUGAACCUGAUCUAUCCCGAGGCCAUCAAUCGUAUGGUUCAAAUGGGCUAUCUCGAGGAUCUGACGAAUGAAGAUAUUCUGGCGGUAUUGCAGAAAGUGCAUUGUUUGACCAACGCCGAUAAGGAAUUCGAUUGGACCGAGUCAUUCUGGCGAUAUGAGGUUCUCCUCUCGAGACGAUCACGUAUCGGGGCAAGGGGAAUGGUCGAUCCUGAAGGCACCACAGAUAAUGGGUUAGCGGAAUCUCCGGAAGACACCCUGUUGGAAGUUCCACCUGCCGCGCCAAUAUCAAGAGCAAUCCAACUCGAUUCUCCCAGCUCGACAAACCAACACACUGUCAAUCUGGCGAACACUCCACAAAACUUGGCUGAUGUCGCCAGCUUGGCUCAACCUGGAUCUGGAUCACCUGUUCACCAAGACCGUCAUGACCUGCUGUCGGCUUCGGAUCCCAUAACUAGGCUUCAGGAUCUGUUUGCCAUCCGUGGACCAGAAUCUAACGCAGUCAACCCCGCUCCUUAUGUCGCUAUAUCAGAUCUGACCACGAAUACAACUGCGCAAUGGCCUUUCUUAUCGAUGACAGGUCACAGCGAUCCGCAGACCAUGUUCGGAGCAGAUACUCUCGGCGGAAUCUUUUCCGAAGUUCAUGCAAUUCCGACGACACACUUGGGACAGGAUGGCUCUCCUGUUCCGUUCUCAUGA